AUGGCAGACGAGUCAGAGUACACGGAGUCGGAUAUAUGGGCGUCGCCGUCACAGAAUGUCCCGACCCGCCCCAAGACGCCCAAGACUCCCAGGACGCCCAGAACACCAAAGACACCCACAGGUCAGCAAGAUGCGCAUGCAGAGACCAUCGACCCCGAGGCCGCACUGCGCAAAGAACUAGAAGGCGUGCGCAACGUCAACGAGUCGAUCGAGGGCGUAAUUGCUGCCCUCGAGAAGUCCGGCGGCAACAUGAAUACCGUACUCAGCACAGUAAACCAUGCCUCGACGCUCCUCAACUCAUGGACCCGAAUCCUGUCGCAGACCGAACACAACCAACGCCUGAUCCUCAACCCAGCGUGGAAGGGGGCCACAGAGGACUUGGCCGAACAGGAAGCAGAAGCCCUGCGGAGGCAGCAGGCUGCCGAGCGAAGAGCGGCCGAGGAGGAGCAGAGGCGUGAGGAGUUGCGGAGGCGACGCGAGGAAGAAGAGAGCAAGAGGAGGGUGGGUACAUCCACAUCCCGGGGUACCCGCGGCUUGGUCAGAACACGUAGUACUCGGGCGAGGGCUGGGACCGUUACUCGGGGCGGUGCGGCUUCGAGCAGCGUGAGGGGUAGCUCGAUUGCCAGCGCGAGUGGCCGAGCAGGUUCCGGCAUCGGGAGGGGACUCGGUGUCGCCCGAGGCCGCCCACGGGGCACGAGAUGA